CACACACACAGUCUGAUGCAACUCAAACACAAAUUAACAUAUCAACACAUAUCCAGAAUGUUCAUGUUUUGAAAAACAUUGGAUUGAAGAAAUCAAUAGCAGAACAACCGUUCCUCCGUUUUCAUGUUUUGUUUAAUUUUCAUGAUUUUGACAGGAUAUAGUAUCAUCGGAUCAUCAUCAGGAAGUGUCACCACAAUUGGAAAGUACACAGUGCAGAUACAUGCCGGCUUACACAAAGUCCAAUGCAACUCAUAUACACAAACAUCACAACAGCGGCAAAGCAUAUCCAUAAUGCUGUUUUGACAAACAUUGGAUCGGAGAAAUCGAUAGUUGCAGCAGAAAACGGAUUUCAUCUUCUUUUUAUUCAAUUGUCAUGAUUAUGAAAGGAGAUAUUACUAUCGGAUCAUCAUCAGGAAGUGUAACCACAGCAAAGAUAAUUGGAAGCAUUAUGUUAAUUGGGAGAGGAAACGCGCGAGGAAUGGUUGUCUGGUUGAUUGCGGUGGCGCUCACGGCAGUAAAGGUUCAAGGCCAAGAUACAACUCCACCGAAUGUGACGUGCAGUGACACCACUACCCAUCCCCUCUUUGUGAAUAGUUUCUUUGGACUGAGCGAAGGUGUUUCGUACACCUACGAGGAUGUGAACCCUGAUCCUAGUGGUAUAUCUUAUAACGUAACCACAGGGACAUCGGGAUAUCUCUACCCACCUGGAAGAACACCCGUUACAUUGAUCGCAGUCGACAUGGAUGGUAACACCGCCACUUGUUUGUUCUACGUAGAAAAUACACUGACCGAGCUACCAGUCAAUUGCCCCGACCUAAACCGGACCGUUCUCACUGAUGUCGGGCAACCCACCUACGCGUACUUCCCUGCAAUUGGGCCUGGUGACGUCACAAAGAGUAAACCGCAAUACAGAUAUCACGGCGCCGCGGUUUCUGUUGAUUCCGUAAUUGCUGUCGGUUUUGGACUGGAUGUGGGAAGUCAUGUUGCCACCCUAAUCAUCUACGAUGACGUCCUAAACAAGACGUGUUCCGGUUACAUUGUUGUACAAGACACUGAAAAGCCCAACGUGACGUGCCCAGAAAAUAUCACGGAGAGCUCAACAAAUGUCAUCGACUAUUCAGCGACUGCAAUCGACAAUGUCGGAGCUUCUCUGGUGUAUCAACCAGAUUCUAGUAGUAGGUUCGAUCCAGGUCUAACCCUGGUGACUGUAAUGGCGCAAGAUCAGGCUGGACUCACGGACACCUGUUACUUCUCGGUUGAGAUAACAUUAACCGACAUACCUGUGGAAUGUCCUGACGUGUCAACAAUCCAACUCGACUCAUCGCAAUCAACCUACCAGUACCAACCUUUAACCAUUGACAAUCUCACAUUCAUGGAGGAGACAUAUCAAUUCUAUGGUGACGUCACAAUAGAUGUGACGAUCAAUGGCACAUAUAACUAUACACUCUCUGUUGGGACUUACGCCCUUACAAUCGUGAUCGAUGAUACCGUCUUAAACAAAACAUGUUCAUCGUUGAUCAGAGUGAGAUUGAGGGAAGACGACGAUGACCGGAAUUUGAAUGGAAGUCCCAUCUCAACAGUUGUCAUAGUGAUUAUCACGUUUGGUGCAGUACUCCUAGCUGUCUUUGUCGUCGGGUGUAUUGUUUACCAAGUAAAGAAAACGAACGCAAGAGGAAAGGAAGCUGUCAGUAGGCCUGAAACAGAGACUAUCAACAAGAAGACGACUUCAACAGUUUGAUAAAAAAGGCCUAUUAGUGUCUAUCCAUCCACGUGUCCAUAUUCAAGAUUAUUAUUACGCCUAUAAUGAGGACAAUGAUGACGAUGAUGACUUCGAUUACGACGAUUGCUGCAUACUACGUGAAUGAAAAUGAUGAUUGUAAAAUAAAAGUGGCAGGAAAAUUUUAAAGGAAACCAAAACCCAAGAGGAGAAGCAAUCUUAUUGGAAAGAGUAAAAUUCAAGGAGCAAUCUAAAACUUGUUUUAUCAAAAUCGGUUACAGAAUAAUCGAGUUAAGAAAGCUUGAAAACUCUUGUUGAACUUUCUAUGGGGAUCCUCAAAUUGGCAAACGUGCUUCAAAAUGUCUGAUUUUGUGGACAACUCUCCAUUUAUUUUGAACACAAAUUUUCAGAUAUUCCUCAUUAUUUAUCAAAUUGCAUGUUGCCUCCUUCUGAGCAAAACAUAUGUCAUGGGAAAAUACCAUUCACACCAUAUAUGUCAAGGUCAGGAGCAGAUAAUGUGAAAUAUGUAAAAUAAAGGGGAAAUUCUGAAAAUGUCUAUACAACACAAAUAGAGAAUUGUCCAAAAAUCAGCCAUUUUGAAGCACGUUUGCCAAUUUGAAGAUCCCCAUUGAAAGUACAACAUGACUUUUUAAACGUCCAUAACUUGCUUAUUUCAUAACCGAUUUUAAUGAAGCUUGUUUUAAAUUGUUCCUCUCAUUUUAAAAUUUUUCCAAUAAGAUUGCUUCUUUUCUAGGUUUUGGUUUCCUUUAACGACUAAUGAUGAUGUUCAUGAUAGUGAUGGUGAUAGUGUCUUUGUGAUCACGGUGAUAUGGUGGUUGAUAAUGACAAUGAUGAUGGUGAAUAUGAUGACGAUAUAGACGAUGACGACGACGAUGAUGAUGAUUUUUUUUUUUAGAAGAGUACUACGUGUAUCCUCCUGAAAGGGAUUGGCCAAAAUAAGCAAUCGCCAAUGUGAAUAUAGUUGUCCCACCUAAACAUUUUUAAAGGUCAAAUCCACCCAAACAAUAUUAAGUAGAUUCGAUGAAAACAAAACUACCAAGCUUCAAAAUUGGACGUGAAAUAAGAACGUUUUUGGCAUUUCUGAGUUUUAUCUAAUUUCACAACAAAGUUAUAUUCACAACUCGGGCAGUAAGCCGCAGAAUACAAAUAAAUAAAUGAGGGAGUUGAAAGAAGAUGUCAUACACCAUAUUUGUAUAUAUACAUAUACACACACACACAUAUAUAUAUAUAGAAAGAGAGAGAGAGAGAG